AUGGCCGUCACACUUUGUACCUGUGCAGUGGCUGCGCUGAUUUGCCAGUCCGGAUCGACACGGCUUGAGGCUGUCAACGUGCAAGGGCUUCAGAAGAAGUACGAGCACCUCGACGCUUGGCUGUUCAACGGCCAACCGCCACGAGGAGGCGCGGCCGUGUCAGCAGAGGUGCCGCAGGCCCCCCAAGAGAAUAUGCACGAUGGAAACAUCUGCGCCGAUGACGAGGAGUAUUUUGAGGACCUCUGUUAUCUUAAGUGUUCCCUGGCCACCAAGGGCACACACCCGAUCCGAACCAGCGCGUUCACGUGCUGUAAGUCGGAGCCUUGCAGCUUUGACAACACCGAGAUCAACAUGUCGCCCUGUGAUGGCUUUGAUGUCUCGGGCAACGUGCACGGUCAACAUUCGGCUUGCCCACAUGGCGAGGGUACCUGCCUGGAGGAUGAGGAACUGCUCCUCGGCAUGUGCUACAAGAAGUGCUCGAUACUAACACACGGCAGAUUUAACCACCGCGUGGCUGCGACAACUUGCUGUUCGGAGACCGGCUUGGCCUGUUUCAAUCCAAUGAACCUCAAGACAGACUUUGUGGGCUUUGCGGUGGGCGGUGGCAAGGGGGAUGGCAGCCAAGCAACUCCCUCGGUGCCGCACCUCCCCAUGAAGGCAGGCGGUGUCCCAGACAGAUGGACAAUGCAAGCUCUCAGACCCUGUGUUCGUUGGAGACAACGCUGA